AUGCAUCAGAAGGAGCUACAUGUCAUUACCAGGUGGUGGAAGGCUUUAGAAGUUGGAAAAAAAUGGCCUUUUGCAAGAGAUAGGAUUGUCGAAUGCUACUUUUGGAUAUUAUCAGUCUACUUUGAACCCCAAUACUCUCUUGCUAGGAAAAUACUAACCAAAGUAAUCGCCAUGGCUUCUAUUCUUGAUGACAUCUAUGAUGUUUAUGGGACCCUAGAUGAACUUGCACUUUUCACAGACGCAAUUGAAAGGUGGAAUGUUAGUGCCAUAGAUCAGCUACCAACGUACAUGAAAUAUUCAUACAAAUCUCUUUUAGAUGUUUAUGUCGAAACUGAGGAAGAGUUGAAAAAGAACGAGCAAUCAUACUGUGUUUACUAUGCUAUAGAAGAGAUGAAAAAAUUGGUCCGGGCAUAUUUUGAAGAGGCAAAAUGGACAUACAAUGGAUAUGUUCCGAAGCUAGACGAGUAUAUGAAAGUCGCACUUGUAUCUAGCGGUUAUAUGAUGCUGUCGACAACAUCCUUAGUAGGUAUGGGAGAGACGGUAACCAAGGAAGCCUUUGAAUGGGUUUCAAGUGAACCAUUAUUUUUACGAGCUUCUACACUAAUUAGUAGACUAAUGGACGACAUGGUUGGACAUGGGUUUGAGCAAAAAAUAUCAGCAGUUGAAUGUUACAUAAAUCAGGAAGGAGCUUCAAAAGAAGAAGCAUUUUCUGUAUUUCAGAAACAAGUUACAAAUGCAUGGAAGGAUAUAAAUCUAGAAUGCCUUCGUCCAACUCCAGUACAGAUGGCUGUCCUCAUGCGAAUAGUCAACCUUACACGUGUCAUGAAUCUUUUGUACAAAGAUGAAGAUGGCUAUACAAGUUCCAAAACAAAGACAAAAGGAUUUAUAACAACUGUACUCGUUGAACCAGUGAAAAUAUCUGGAUGA